GUCAAAGUAUCAGUGUUGCAGUGUCUGCUCAUCCUUUGCUCAGGCUACAGCUGUUUUCAGCAGUGUUGUUUCUGGACGCCCUCACACACACAAAUGUUGUCCCUCCUCGUCUUUGCUGUGCUCUGCGCCAGCUGCCUGGCAAAACCUGCCUUGGUGCACUACUCCUACUCUCUUGCAGUUGGAGGUGGUAGUGGUACUUCCUUCUCCUCAGAGGGAGAGGGAAGGAUCACAGCAGUCCGGGUCUGGGAAAUCAACAAUGCCUACAUCACUGGUAUCCAGCUGCGUUACGAAUUUUUUUGGUCUAAAAAGAUUGGACGUGCAGUUGGCAACGCACAAGAGUUGAACCUGUUUGACGGAGAGGUCAUUGUUCAGAUCUCUGGUAAAUACCACAGCAACUACAUCUAUCAGGUGAUAUUUGUGACCUCCAGAGGGCGCUCUCUGACCGUCGGCCAACCUGUACAGAACUCCUUUAACUUCUACCCAACCCACAUGGACGCGGAGCUCAAACUGCUGAGUGGCCGCUAUAAUAGCAAUGGGAUUACUUCACUAGGAGCUCACUGGGGAGUGGUCUACAUGGAUCAAGGCAACAGCACUGACGCUAGCACACAAUGAUCAAGCGAAAAACUGAGUAAUAAACUACUUUUUUGUUGAUCACUGAUCAACCUACAUAGCCUAUAUGUGUUAACAUAUGGGCACUGGGUAAUAUUGCACCACUUUUGGAUCAAGACCUUUGAAAAUUGUGUGGAUGAAACAAUAUUUUAUAAACAAUGUAAAAACAGGUUUAAUGGUAACUGUUGAAGAUAAACUUAGUCCGUAACCCUGUAUGGUGCAGGCAAACAUACAGGACCUAACCAUGCACAUAGUAGCUGAUAGUUUUUUAUGUAUGAAAAUGAAGGAGCAUGAGCAUUUGAACAUCUGCAUCAUUGAAGGACAAAGAGAAGUAAUGUAUUGCACUUUUAAUCAAAAUAACAUGUAUCUUGUGGAAUUUCAACUGUAAGGAUAACAAGAGAUGAUUGAAAUGAACUGAAAGAUUUUUAUUUCUGCGUGUUUGUAAUUGGAGAGAUUUGUAAAAUGUUGCAUGCAUCAUACAAUGUUUUGUAAAAUUAAUGAUUCAUGAA